GUGGUCUCUGCGCCAGCCAAUCACCAAAACCCUCGUGCAUCAGCCCGCCAGCUUUUUUCUUUCUCUCUCUCCUUCUUCUCCUCGCGCAUCGCGCGUCGUCCGGCGAGCUCUCCUCUGCUCACCAGUACCAUCCAUCCCACAGGACCGUGGCCUGCUUGCCAGCCAGGCCUUUUGGAUGCGCGGCCUGUUUGCCCAGGCCUAGACGGUUGUCCUCGUCGUCGCGUGCCUGGAACACGGCCCACGACCUGCUGCCGCCGCGAGGAGCACAGCACCACAACGACCAGCGUCGAGCUGAGCUGAGCUGCGACCACUCGUGACACAGUGGUUUGCCGUUGCCAGCUCCGAGGUCUGUACUCUAGCUGUGUGCCCGGUGGUGCACCAGCCAGUCCAGUCCGGUCCCUGGCCUCCAAAGAGGCGCUCUGUGUGGUGAAAAUCCUGCAGUGCCCCGGCUGGGAGUCGACACACGGCGGAACCCACCUGCACAUGGCUCCUCCCUUGUCUGCCCAACCAGCAGCGCCGCUCCUGGUUGCCCUGGCUGUGUCUGCGGCCUCGACACCCCGCCUUUUUUCUCGCCGUGCAGCUAGCUCUGCCUUUUCACAUCCCUUCUCCCCUCCCUCCUCCUCCCGCGUCUUCGUCCUCUCCCUCCCCAGCGCCCGCCGCCACUACGCAAACCGCUCAAAGCCCAAGAUGCCCCCCAAGAAGGUCAAGGAGGAGGAGAAGGUCCUCCUCGGCCGCCCCGGCAACAACCUCAAGAGUGGUAUCGUCGGUCUUGCCAACGUCGGCAAGUCCACCCUCUUCCAGGCCAUCACAAAAUGCACCCUCGGCAACCCAGCCAACUUCCCCUAUGCCACAAUCGACCCGGAAGAGUCCCGUGUCAUCGUCCCUGACGAGCGUUUCGACUGGCUCUGCGAAAAGUACAAGCCCAAGUCGCGCGUACCUGCCCACCUGACCAUCUACGAUAUCGCUGGUCUCACAAGAGGUGCCUCUACCGGCGCUGGUCUCGGCAACGCCUUCUUGUCUCACAUCCGUGCCGUCGACGCCAUCUUCCAGGUCGUCCGGUGCUUCGACGAUGCCGAGAUCAUCCACGUCGAGGGUGAUGUCAACCCCACCCGCGAUCUCGACAUCAUUGCCGAGGAGCUGCGGUUAAAGGACAUUGAGUUCACCGAGAAGGCCCUCGAGAACUCCAAGAAGAAGACCCGUCUCGGCGGUCAAAGCUUGGAGCUCAAGAAGGCCAAGGAGGACGAGGCCAUCAUUGUCAAGGUCCUCGAGUGGCUGCAGGACGGCAAGGAUGUCCGCAAGGGCAACUGGUCUCCCAAGGAGGUCGAGGUCAUCAACACCCUGUUCCUCCUCUCCGCCAAGCCCGUCGUCUACAUGGUCAACAUGUCGGAGAAGGACUACAUUCGCAAGAAGAACAAGCAUCUGGCCAAGAUCUCCGAGUGGAUGAAGGAGCACGCCGCUGGCGACCCCAUCCUGCCCAUCUCGGUCGCUUUCGAGGAGCGCCUGACGCAGUUCGCCACCGAGGAGGAGGCCGCCGAGGAGUGCAAGAAGCUGGGCAUCGAGUCGGCCCUGCCCAAGGCCAUCACCACCAUGCGCAAGGCCCUCCACCUUGGGAGCUUCUUCACCAGCGGUACCGACGAGGUCAGGCAAUGGACCAUCCGCAAUGGCACCAAGGCUCCUCAGGCCGCUGGUGUGAUCCACACCGACUUCGAGAAGACCUUCAUCCAGGCAAUUGUCUACAACUUUGCCAUGCUCAAGGAGCUGGGUGACGAGGCCGAGGUCAAGGCCAAGGGCAAGGUCAUGACCAAGGGCAAGGAGUAUGUCGUUGAAGAUGGUGAUAUCCUGGUCAUCAAGGCCGGUGCCGCCAAGGGUUAAAUUCUGGUCUUUUCCGCAGGGAUCUGCCAGAGUUGGGUUGCUUUUUUGAUUGACGUGAACAUGAAGAACAAAAAGUUCCUGAGACAUGAUAACCCCUUCUUCACAUUUAGAUAGUUUCAUACAAUCACCCAAAUAGAUGGUGAGAAUGGAACCAUUUGUCAAAUCACA